AUGACAAAGCAUGGGUAUAGGAAGAUCUCACAAGACGACGAAAAAACUCCGCAAAAAGUUGGCUUUGUUUCUUAUGUUCUCUUCCUAUGGAUGAACAGUGUCUUCAGGACAGGUAAAAAUCGAGCGUUGGAGCAAAGUGAUUUCUUACCUCUUUCAAAAGAAAAUAGUACUUCAUUCCUAACCCAAAAUCUUCAAGAGAACUGGAGGGAGGAAGAGAGAAAAUGCCAUGAAACUCCGCGAGGACGACCAAAGCUUUGGAAAAGCGUCAUAACAACAAUCUCUUCUAGGGAACUAAUGAUCCUCAUUUGCAUGGGUAUUUUUCGCUCAUUCUUCCGUAUUCCCCUUCCUCUGCUCCUUGGAUAUCUAAUUGCAUCGCUGAUGUCUUCUGAGCCACAGCAGAAAAUGUUUCUCUAUGGUUGUGCGCUGGCUCUUUUUAUCAGCGCCUUGAUGGAAAGAGUGACAGCUCAAAUGAUUAUGUACAGAUGUGAAUUACUGGGAAUAACAAUGAGUAGUGCACUUAAAGGUCUUGUUUAUCAUAAGACACUUCUACUCAGCAAAGACGCAUUGUUCCAGUACACAACAGGAAAAGUGAUUGACCUGGUUUCCAACGAUGUUCAGCGAUUGGAAGGGGAGACUAUCAAGUGGAUCUUUUUGGGUUCCAUUUCAUUUAUUGAGCUCCUGACUGUACCGUUUUUAAUGGUGUAUUUCAUUGGCUGGCAGUCUCUCAUGGGAGUAUUCUUUUUGUACCUCCUCCUUCCAUAUUUCGUCUUACUGUCCCAAGGAGGUGCUGUUCUGCGCUUGCGUACAGCGGCGGUCUCUGACCAACGCAUCUCUCUAAUGAAUCAGAUUGUUUCAGGGAUACGCACUAUCAAAAUGCAUGCGUGGGAAGAUGAAUACCGGCAACAAAUCAAGAAACCACGAAGAGAUGAAAUUUCCAUUAUUCGAAAGAAAUGUGUUCUACGCGCAGGUGUUUUGGCCCUCAGAUUCACUUCGGUUAUCAUUGCAACACUGCUGUCAGUCAUUACCCUUGUGCUGACUGAGGAAACUCUUACGCCAGUCAAUGUCUUUGUGUUGGUUUCAUUUAACAACAUGCUCACAUUAUGUAUCGGCACUUACCUUGGGCUUGCCUUGUUAGAGGGAUACGAAGCUUAUGCCUCGCUUGGUAGAAUUGAAGAAUUUCUCCUUUUGAAAAAUUUGCGAGUCAUUUCAAGCGAUCGCUCAAGCCAAAAAGAAACAGAAAUUGAAGCUGAAAACCCAUCUGAGAUGAAGAGAAAUUCAUUAGAUUGCCAGAAAAAACGGAGAGGUCUUUCCACAGCUGAUGAAUUACAAGAUCAAACGUCAUUACGUGUGAGAAGUUUGGCGUACAAGCAAGCGGAGCGACAAGACUCCUACAUUCUUCAAGAUAUCGAGUUUUGCACUCCUGUUAGUAGUUUAACAGUCAUCACCGGGCCAGUUGGUAGUGGGAAAUCUACUCUUCUAUCAGUGAUCGCUGGUGAAGUUCCAUGCACACACGGAGAAGUGUCAUGCCGAGGAACUUUAGCGUAUGUUCCGCAGACGGCUUGGGUAUUCUCUGGAACCAUACGAGAUAACAUUUUGUUUGGUCUGUCAUACGAGGAGCAAAAGUACACCAGAGUUAUUGAAGCUUGCGCUCUAGCUGACGACAUCCAGCAGUUUCCUAGCACCGAUCAAACAGGCGUCGGCGAGCGCGGUGUUGUUCUGAGCGGAGGCCAGCGGGCUAGGGUAAGUUUAGCACGCGCAGUGUACGCUGAUGCAGAUCUGUACGUUUUGGAUGAUCCUCUGAGUGCCGUAGACUUCAAAGUUGGACAACACAUAUUUGAAAAAUGUGUCAAAGAACUACUAGGAAAUAAAACUCGGGUGAUGGCCUCUCAUCACAAGGACCACAUAAAAGAUGCCGAUGAAGUGAUCGUGUUAUAUAAGGGCCGUGUGCUGGAAAGGGGAGGUUUCCUUGAGUUACAAGACAAAGGAAUCCUUAAUAACACUAUUGACCCGCCCCAUAAGAAGAUUUCAAAAGGAAGUUUAGGAGAGGAAUUUGCGAGAGAGGAAGAAAAUAAGGGUGUUGAAGCUGCUGGCAACUUGAUUGGAAUUGAAAAUCCAUCGAAAGAAACCAGGAGUCUUCUGACGCCACAAGAAGAUCGGGAAAUCGGAGUAAUUUCUUCCAAGCUUUACUGGAACUAUUUUAGAAGCGGACUGUCUACUUGGAUGAUUUUGGCGAUAACCCUUUUCACUAUAAUUGUCCAAGGAUUAUUGGCUGCUCCUGACGUGUGGCUCUCGUUUUUGACAAAGCAACUUCCUCAAGAUCAAAAAGAUCGAUCGAGCUUAGAAGUCUACGGAUGUCUUACUGGAGUAGCACUUUUAUUUGUCUUAGCACGAACAUUUAUAUUACUCUCCUGCUUUUUGCGAUGCUCUGAGCGUCUUCAUGAUAAGAUGGUCGUUGCCAUUUUGAAAGCUCCUGUUAUGUUCUUUGAUUCGAAUCCGGUGGGAAGAAUCCUUAAUCGAUUUUCUAAAGAUGUUGGUUGGUUGGACGAGCAGUUACCCAAAACGUUUCAGUCAGCGAUCGAUACAGUUUUACUUGUGUCUGCGUCAAUAAUCAUCCCGACUGUUAUGAAUCCUUGGUUAUUUUUCGUACUUGUACCGUUGAUUGUGGCCGUUAUAUACUUCUCCACGUAUUAUUUGAAGACAUCCCGGGAGCUUAUGAGGUUAGCGUCCAUAUGUCGUAGUCCAGUAUUCUCUAAAAUUUCGGAGACCCUUGAUGGACUAGACACGAUUCGAACCAGAGGGAGAGAAAGUGAUUUUGUGGAGGAGUUUUACAGACAUCAUGAUGUUCUUAAUCAAGCAAACAUCUUGGUAUUGGCCAGUGGGAAAUGGAUCAGUGUGCGCUUUGAGAUUCUUGCAUCACUAUUUGUUGGUGCAGUGGCUUUAGCAGCUGUUUUGGUAUCUCAAGAUGCCGCUUUUGCUGGACUUGCCUUGGCCUACGUCGUCGAAAGAUUUGGGCCGGCUCAAAACGCCGUAAGAAAAACCGCGGAAGUCGAGAAUCUAAUGACGUCAGUUGAACGAGUUAUUACGUAUACCAAGCUUGAGUGUGAGUCUGGAUACAUAAUAGAACGACGACCCCCGGAAAAAUGGCCAAGUGAAGGAAAUAUCAUACUUAAAGACGUUUCACUAGCAUAUUAUCCGGGAGGACCGCAAGUGUUGAACAACAUCAAACUCAAUAUCGAAGGAGGAGCAAAGAUCGGUGUUACUGGCCGGACGGGGUCUGGAAAGUCAUCUUUUGUGGCAGCUCUAAUGCGCAUGCCUGAAUCGUGGGGUGAAAUAAUCAUUGAUGGCAUUCCAAUAAAGGCAAUCAACCUCCAGGAAACUCGACGAUGCAUAUCCGUUCUUGGCCAAAGUCCAGUGCUGUUCAGUGGUUCAUUGAGGAAAAAUCUCGAUCUCACUGAGCAGUUUACCGAUGCGGAUUUAUGGCAAGUUCUACAAGAUGUGCAAAUGAAAGAGUCAGUAGAAAGUCUUUACGGUCAGCUUGAUCACGAACUGUUAGAAAAUGGUGCAAAUAUCAGUGUAGGAGAACGACAGUUGAUUUGUUUGGCUCGUGUGCUGUUGCAACGAAACACGAUCAUCGUUUUGGAUGAACCCACUGCAAAUGUAGAUCCAGAAACAGAAAAAACAAUCUGGGGCGUAGUGCGUGAAAAACUGAGAGAUUCUACGGUCAUUACUAUAGCUCAUCGAUUGAACACCAUUCUGGACUGUGACAAAGUUCUAUUUUUGAAACAUGGAGAGGUAGCAGAGUUCGACAAGUUGGACACAUCAAUGAACAUAGAAGGAAGUGAGUUGGGUGAAAUGGCGUGAAUUGCAAAUAGCAAUAGAACGUAAAUAUACGUAGCUAAUUUACUGACUGGACAGUUUUUAGUAAAUGUUCUUUAACGUUACGGAAAUGGUGGGUGUUUUAUGCAAAGCUAAUGAUGAGUUAUCUCUAUAUUCAUAA